CCUUGAAAUUUAUUUACACUUUGCCAGGGUGUUCUUCUUCUUCCAAGCUACUUCCAUCCACUUGAAAUAAUAUAUAUGUACACAUCACCCUCCAAUUAUUAUUAUUCAUUUAUAUUUAUCCAUCCUUUCUCCAACACUUUCAAAUAUAAAUAGAGGAUUGUAUACAUAGAACUAGUUGGCAUCUACCUCUAGAUAUCAGAUAAAACAAUCAAUGGCUUCUAAAUUCUCAAUGAGGAGUGCCAUUGAGGAGAUCAAUAGAGGAAAAAACCUAAUGAAUCUCCUCUACCCUCAUCUUCAGCAACACACUGAAGCAACUGAGCUCAGUAAAGGAAUACAACAAGCAUUUGAAUCCGCCCUAGCUAUUCUUAAAGAGGCCGAACCGAAGAUCGUCUCCGGCAAGAAAAGGCGGCGGCCGGAGGUUAACUCCGAUGAUCGGAAGGAGGGAGGUCAGAAGAGAAAGAAGAGUAUUGAUUCUCGGACGAUAAUUACACCGGCGCCUUAUGAUGAUGGUCAUCAAUGGAGAAAAUAUGGGCAGAAGAAAAUUCAUAAUUCCAAACAUCCAAGGAGCUACUACAGAUGCACUCAUAGUGAUGAUCAAAAGUGCCAAGCUACAAAACUUGUGCAACAAGAGGAUGAUGACUCUCAACUGUUCAAGGUUAUCUAUAGCAACAAACACACAUGCAACGAUACUAUGUUAGAUAAUUCUCCUCAGAUAAUUGUCACCUCUCCAUCAAAGGAAUCUAACUUCUUCAUUUUUGAGUCCAAGAGUUCAUACUCAAAAAGCAACAAUAUUAGCAAGAAAGAUCACAAGGACUCAAGUGAAGAAAAAUGCAGCCUGGAAAGUGAGAUUUGCUCCUCAUUGACCAUGAAUUCAGCUAUGAAGGAGAAAACUGAAGAGGAUUCAAGCAUUACUUCCAUUUUCAGUGAUUUUCCAUCUAGCCCUUCUUCGCAGCAUGAUCCUUGUGGAAUUAAUUUUGAUGACAUAGAUGAUAUUUUAAACUUAAUAGUCUAGUGUGAAUUUUGUUACAAGUUGGGAGAGAGACUGUAAGAAUCAUAGAGCUUUUCCAUGUUUGGAUAAGAAACGUAGUGUCACAAAUUUCUGCCAUUUUAUUUCC